AUGAAGUGGCGGAAGAAUAGAAGCACAGUUGAGCCCGUGAAUGGAGUUCCAACGCAGAACGGAAAGAAGAAAGAUACGGUAGGUGAAUAUUCUAGCUUAUGAAACGGAAAAAUGAUUUCAGAGUGUGAAUCUACCAAAAAAAGAUGAUGAUGGCUCAGUGGAUUCCGACGAGGAGCCGAAAAUUAUCUACGAACCGUCGAGAGUAGAGAAGCUUAUCAAUUAUAUGCUAUGCAGAGGUGAUUUGGCUAGCAAAGAGCUGUCUGUCAAACCGGUUACUCUUCUUGGAUUGGUAAUGACAUUAGAACACCGUAAAUCAAUCAAUAAUGUGUUCAGUUCCGGUAUGCCGAACGAAUCGACGUUGCUUUGCUUUCUCUUGGUGUUGUGCUUUCGUUCAUCUCCGGAGUUGCUCAGCCGGGAAUUGGAAUCAUUGCGUAAGCGAUUUCUGAUAGUUUAGAACUAGGAUUUCAUAAAAAUUGCAGGGGUCAAAUCACCAACACUCUUCUUGUCUACAAUACCACCAGUGACGAGUUCUACAACAAAGCAAUGACCAAUGUCUGGCUGUUUGGCGGAAUCGGAGUUAUUGUGCUUGUCGUGAACUUUGUUCAGGUUUUACAACAAAAGCUUCAGUUCAAACGUUUCUAUUUCAGUACAUGUGCUUUCAAUACUGUUGCAUACGAAUCACAUCGCGAAUGAAACAGCACUACAUUCAAUCGAUUCUUCGUCAAAAUGCUGGUUGGUUUGAUAGAAAUCACUGCGGAACGUUGACGACGAAACUUCACGAGUAAGCUGUUUUUGGGCAAAACUAAACAAACUCCAACUUUUCAGUAAUAUGGAACGCAUCAAUGAAGGAAUCGGAGACAAGCUGGGAGUGCUUAUCCGUGGUUUGGUGAUGUUUUUGACUGGAAUCGUUGUCUCGUUCUUCUACGAAUGGAGAUUGGCCCUCGUGAUGAUGGGAAUCGGACCAAUCUGUUGCAUCUGCAUGUCUCUCAUGUCACGAGUAAGCUACUAUUCCAAUAGCUUUGUCAAUCUUUCGUAAUUCAGACCAUGUCAUCGUUCACAUCGAAAGAACUGUCAGGUGUUGGAAAAGCUGGAAGUAUUGCGGAGGAAUCGUUGAUGGGUGUCAGGACUGUGCAGGCAUUCAAUGGACAAGAGGAGAUGGUUGAGAAGUAUGAAAUUGCUGCUUCUUACCAAUCCUCAAUGAAAUAAUUCAGAUACACAACAGAACUUGGAAAAGGAAAAGCGUUUGCCAUUCAGAAAGGUCUUUGGGGAGGCGUCUUCGGUGGAGUCUUCCUUCUCUGCCUCUUCACUUAUUUUGGUGGAGGCAUUUACUACGGAGGUCAGCUCCUCCGCUGGAAAAUCAUCGCAAGCCCUGGCGACGUGUUUAUUGUUGUAAUUUCGAUGCUUAUCGGCGCUUACUUUCUCGGUCUCAUCUCUCCGCAUUUGAUGGUUUUGCUGAACGCAAGAGUUGCCGCCGCUACUAUUUAUGAGAUUAUCGACCGGGUGAGCGUUGUUUUAAUAAUCAUAUUCAACAUUUUUGUGUCUGCAGACUCCCGAUAUUGAUGCGUAUUCCAAUGAAGGUCGAACAAUCACAAACAUCAUCGGAAAAGUUGUUUUCGAAAAUGUUCACUUCCGGUACCCAACCAGAAAGAAGGCAAAGGUGCUGAACGGACUGAACUUGACCAUCGAACCAGGAACGUCAGUUGCUCUUGUCGGACACUCUGGAUGUGGAAAGUCUACUUCGGUCGGACUGCUCACUAGACUUUAUGAACAAGAAGCUGGAAAGGUUAUGAUUGAUGAAGAGGAUGUGCGAGAGCUGAAAAUUGACUGGCUCCGGAAAGUAGUGGGAAUUGUGCAACAAGAACCAGUUUUGUUCAAUGAUACUAUUCACAACAAUCUUCUCAUUGGAAAUCCGGACGCUGACAGAAACGACAUGAUCAGAGUGUGCGAAAUGGCCAACGCACAUGAAUUCAUCAUGAAGAUGCCAAAGGGAUAUGAAACUGUGAUUGGAGACGGUGGCGUUCAGUUAUCCGGAGGACAGAAACAGAGAGUUGCUAUUGCCAGAACUCUGAUCCGUGAUCCAAAGGUCUUGCUUCUCGAUGAAGCUACGUCAGCCCUUGAUGCUCAGAGUGAAAGUGUCGUGCAAUCUGCUCUCAACAACGCAUCCAAAGGAAGAACGACCAUCAUGAUUGCCCACAGACUCUCCACCAUCCGUGAAGCUGAUAAGAUUGUGUUCUUCGAGAAUGGUGUGAUUGUGGAGAGUGGAAAUCACGAGGAACUGGUAGAACUUGGAGGAAGAUAUGCACAACUAGUGAAAGCUCAGCAAUUCAAAGGAAUUGAUGUAAUUGAAGACGACGAGGAAGAGGAUAUGAGCAGAAUGUAAGUUGGCUCUAACUUUUAAACCUCAAUAGAUCUCGUUUUCAGUGAGAAACUCGCGCCGUCCAGACAAGUCAGCUUUCAUCGUUCCUGCGAAUCCCUAGUUAGUGCAGAUUUGGAAAUCGGAUACGCCAGCACAUUCAACACGUUCACUCUGAAAACAGCACAGGAAGACAUUGAAAAUGAAGAUUUCGCCGAUGAAGUGCAAAGGGUGAUGGAGGAAGAUGGGGUCAUCUCUUCCGGAUACCUUGACAUCUAUAAAAACGCACAAGGCAACUAUUUGUAUCUAGUCGUCGGAACAGGUUUCGCCAUUUUGAGAGGAUCGGAGCUAGCUAUCUUAGCAGUUCUUUUUGGUUAUGUGUUCGAAGCAUUCGAGAAGCCGCCUGAGGAAAUGACCCAUGCCUUGCUCACUGUUUUUAUUCUGUACGCAAGUCUUGGAAUUUAUGUCCUUGUGACUCAGGUUGUUAGUGUGAGUUUGAGAUGGUUUGAAAAAAAAGAAACAUGAUUUUAUUGUUUCAGGGUACACUAUUUACUAUUGUUGCGGAGAACUUGGGCUUGAAAUUCCGAGUGCAAUCAUUCAAUAACCUACUAUACCAGGAUGCUUCUUUCUUUGAUAAUCCAGCACACGCUCCAGGAAAACUCAUCACCAGACUUGCCACAGAUGCUCCGAAUGUGAAAGCCGUUGUGGACACCCGUAUGCUUCAAGUGAUCUAUUCCCUCACUUCCAUCAUUAUCAAUAUGGUUCUUGGAUACAUUUUCUGCUGGCAAAUCGCUGUGGUCGGAAGCAUUCUUAUUGCUUUCUUUGCGUUCACAAUGAUCAGCAUGGCUUACAAGAUUGCCAGAGAGAACCUGAAGCAGAUAAAGAGAGAUGAGGCUGGAAAGGUAAACAAUUUUUAACCUGAAAACAUAAUGUAAUUUUCUUUCAGAUUGCAAUUGAAAUCAUUGAAAACGUGAAGACUAUUCAACUUCUCACCAGCACAUCUCGAUUCCUAAAUCACUACAAAGACGCGACUUUAGUCCAGCACAAGAGUGAAAUGAAAAAAUCGUAUCUGCAAUCGGUCAACAAUGCCAUCUCACAAACCUUUAUGUACUUUGCAAUGUUUAUCUGCUACGGCGUCGGAACCCCACUCAUGUACCACAGCAUAGUUGAGCCGAACAGCACUUUUCGGUAUGACCAAGAUCAACUUCUUGUUUUUGAACUAACUUUUGAAUUUUAGGGCGAUCAAUUCGAUGAUGAUGGGAUCAGUUGCUGUCAUGCACUCAUCCCACAACUUCCCCGAGUUUGUGAAGGCAAAGACUGCAGCGGGAAUGCUGUUCAAGUUGAUUUACCGCAAGCCGAAGACUGGUGAUCUGAUGGAAGGGAACAAAACGGAAAUCCGCGGAAAUGUUCUGUUCGAGGCGGUCAAGUUCUCUUACCCACAAAGACCUUUGCAUCCGGUAAUGACGGAACUUCACUUUUCGGCGCACAGCGGUCAAACAGUUGCACUUGUCGGACCUUCGGGCACUGGAAAAAGUACUUGUAUUGCUAUGCUCGAGAGAUUUUACGACGUCUCUGGAGGCGCUCUCCGCAUCGACGGACAAGACAUCAGAACGUUAUCACUUCAUCAUUUACGUACUCAAAUGGCUCUUGUUGGUCAGGAACCGCGUUUAUUUGCUGGAACUAUAAGAGAAAAUGUGUGCUUCGGACUCAAAGAUGUAAGCUCACUUGCCACAUCUACUUUCUACAAGAAACUUGCAGGUCCCUCUCGAAAAGAUCAAUCAUGCUCUUGAACUUGCAAACGCCAGUCGUUUCCUGUCUAACCUACCGUCGGGCAUUGAUACUGAAGUCGGAGAGAAAGGAUCCCAGUUGUCAGGAGGUCAGAAACAGAGAAUUGCAAUCGCUCGUGCACUGGUCAGAGACCCCAAGAUUUUACUGCUGGACGAAGCCACGUCUGCUUUGGAUUCCGAGUCCGAGAGGGUUAGUUUAGGGCAGCACGGUUCCAAAUCCAAAGUUUUUCUUCUAGGCGGUUCAAGAAGCGCUGGAUCGUGCUCGAGAAGGACGUACAUGCAUCACAAUUGCACAUCGUUUGUCUUCAAUUCAAAAUUCCGAUCUGAUAGUUUACAUUGACAAUGGAAAAGUUCAAGAAGCCGGAAAUCAUGGACAUCUGAUGUCACUCAAAGGAAAAUACUACAACCUCAUUAAGAAACAAGAUUUGACGACGUAG